AAAUUUGCUCAAGGAAAGUGCUCAGGAGACGCAGCUAUGUCUCGGAUAAAUGACCGAUGUCUUGAAUGUUUACAGCGGAUGCAACACUGGAUCUAGCUUAUGUUUGAAUCAAGAUUUCUGACUGCGACAUUUUGGAGAGAUUACGUGCUUUAGACCGAGUCUUCUGACGGAGAACUGACAACAUGCUAGCCACAGUGACUGCUGUGGUUACAUUGGCUCAGUACAAUGACACAGUGUCACCUACACCUCUGGAGAACACAUCUGUAUUCCCAACUGAAGGUCAAGCCAACAUCACCAAGCCUCACAAAUGUCUACAAGUCCUAUAUGAAGAUAUCGGAGACUCCAGGGUGCGCUUCUGGGACAUCCUGCUGCUGGUGCCAAAUGUGGCCUUUUUCAUAUUCUUGAUGUGGAAGCUUCCUUCGGCGAGGGCAAAAAUUCGACUCACUUCCAGCCCUAUUUUUGUCACCUUCUACUUGCUGGUCUUUGUUGUCGCAGCAGUUGGAAUCACUCGCGCUAUUGUUUCCAUGACUGUCAGCGCAUCCAGUGCAGCCACCAUUGUGGACAAAGUGCUGUGGGAAAUCACCCGCUUCUUCCUGCUUGCUAUUGAGCUCAGCGUCGUCAUCCUGGGACUCGCUUUUGGUCACUUAGAGAGCAAGUCUAGUAUAAAGCGUGUUUUGGCCAUUACUGCAGUUUUGGCAUUGGCGUACUCUAUUACACAGGGAACAUUAGAGAUACUGUAUCCAGACAGUCAUCUGUCCGCCGAGGACUUUAACAUCUACGGUCAUGGAGGACGGCACUUCUGGUUAGCCAGUUCCUGUUUCUUCUUCUUGGUUUACUCUCUGAUUGUUGUCCUUCCUAAAACCCCAGUGAGAGAGAGGAUAUCACUGCCAUCCAAAAGGAGUUUCUACGUGUACGCAGCUAUCCUGUCUUUGCUGAACUUUGUUCAGGGUUUGGGCAGCGCUCUGCUGUGUGCUGGGAUUAUAGAAGGACUUUGCUGCGUGGAUGUCACCACCUUCCUGUAUUUUUCUGCCUUUGCUCCGCUCAUUUAUAUCACAUUCCUCAAAGGAUUCUUUGGUUCGGAGCCAAAGAUCCUGUUCUCCUACAAAUCACAGGUGGAUGAACCGGAUGAAAGCGACGUCCACCUUCCUCCAACCAUCGCCGCGACCCUCGGCCGCAAGGACUUCACCGACCAGGGCCUCUACUACUCUUCCACCCAGAUCGAUGGGGCCGGCCCCGGCAGCUCUCGUGUGGUCGGAGCGUACCUGGAUGAUGUCGCGUCGGGACCCUAUGGGUCAAACAGCAUCAACAGCAUCGAAGCCGACCGUUGGAGACCUGUCAAUGUGUGAAAGGAUUCACGGCCACACAGCUGAAGUAUGGUGUGGAUGAAAAGAGUUUGGCAGGACGGAGAUCAGAGAAGUGUUGCUGAGCCAGUUGACUGGACAACAAGAAACUAUGCUCUUGGCCUUUCUUUGAUGCCAGAAUAGUUGAAACAAAUGGACACUUAAACAGACUGUUGCUCCACGCCGAGGUUGCCCUCUCUAUUGAUUCUGCUCCACGGGCCCUUCGAUGUUAGUGCUUAUCAAUUUGUCUCAGCACAUUUAUUCUAACUCCAGCACUAAAUAUCAACUCUUCUGUUCUUAUUUAUGCAGUUUGAAGCCAGUUUUAGAUGCCUGAUUUUGCUAAAUCUAACGUGUGAUUUAGUAAGGCGACACUUGUACGUUCUUGCCGAAAGGUUUGAGACCCAGCAUAUGAAGGAGUUAAUGUGCUGUUUUAUACUGUUAAGAGUUGUAGCUGAGAUAGUCAGUCAUUGUGUUUUUCAGCACAAGCAUUUAGUUGUGGGUUGGUCAUCCAAUAUAUUUGCUUUCUUAAGUAAAAAAAAAACAAUAAACCACACAGCGACUCCUAAACACAAGCGUUAAAAGCAUCUGCGACACAGUAACAGUCCUGAAAAGAAAUUGUAUUUCCCUGAGAAUCUUUGUAUACUUUGAUUGUGUUCAUACUUUAUAAUUUCUGCCUUUGCUUUAUUUUUUAUACAAGGAAAAAAAACAAAAACAUUCCUGCCUCUUCAUAGACACCUGUGGGCUUUGUAGAUGCCGUAAGAAAAUCAUUAUGUGUGACCUAAAUAGCAAGCCUGCUUCUGCUCGUUCACAAACCUUCUUAUGUGUUCUUCCUUUCUUUUUCUUUGCAGAACUUGUAGUAUUGUGUCUUUGAACAAGAGGCUGCUGGUGCAGUUUAUUUGGUGUGUUAAUUCAGGACCAGCUGUUGUGAGACCAGAAACAAUAUUGCUCAUUCUUAAUGUAUUUAAGAUGGUGUUAAAAAAGUCUUGUGAUAUAAUUAGAGCUUUUGAUUUCCAGUGAGCAAAGAGAAAUCAUAAUGCAGGGAAUCUGAGGAACUUUCCUCUUUUCCUUUUUAAGGAAAAAAAAAGUAGCUCAGUUCCUUGCCCAUUUAUUUAAAAGAAAGUCUUAUACCUUUUUGUAUGUAUUCAAAUUGCAUCAUAUACAUACCAGCUGUGGAAUAUAAUUGAAAAUUUCUCCCAAAAGCGCAGUGUUUCCUAUGGAUGACUUGCAUAUUUAACUUUUUAGUUUAAUUUGGUUGUGAUUUGUAUCCAGAAAGUAUUAGGUUAUUUAAAAAAAAAAAGAGAAAAACUACAUAAAGUAACAACACAGUACAGAAAGUAUGUUUUCGAAAUACAUGAUGUACAACUACAAUUGCUGCUGAAUGACGUUGACAAGCUUGGGAGAAAAGUAAUUUUUUUCUUUCUUGACUCUAAACAGUGCAUUAUCAAGAAACAAUAUUCUUUUUAAACACCAAAUCUUUCAUAGUGAAGUUUUGCAGGUGGUGCUUUAAUUACAGUGUGUUGGCCAUUCCAUGUGCUGCAAAAUAAACUCUGGACUUUUU